CGGACGCGGCGCGAACGCACCUGACUUUUGAUGAUUUGUUGUUGUUGUUGUUGCCUCAAUUCAGUCUGAAUAUGAGCAGGAACACGGGGAUGACAUGACGCUUGUUUUUUUCUUCCUGAAGAAGUCGUGAUUGAUGACAGAAAGGGGGGAAAAAAAGGAAAGAGAAAUAGCGCUGUUUGGGGAAAGAGCAGCGUCGUGCGUAAAACAGCGCGUGGAGAGUUUGGAGAGAGAGAGAGAGAGAGAGAGAGAGAAUGCAGCAAAGCGACAUGAUGGUGCAUCACAGUGCUUAAGGCAAAGAGAGAGAGAGAGAGAGUGAGAGAGAGAGACUGCAGCUGGAGGGGAAAUAGCCCACCGUGGGAAAUUUGACGCCCUCCGGGUUUGAAGAACACACCACCGCUUUACAGCCACUGAGGAGCAGCAUCCUUCACCCGGAGCGCGCGCGGACGGGAUCCCACGUUGGUUUCAGUUAUUCUUCUUGUUCUUCUUGAUUGAUUUAUUUAUUUUAUUUUAUUCACCCCGCUUCUAUGGGAGAAGGAUGGGAGCGCGGCAGGCUGUGUGAAGCCUCUCCGGGUGUGUGAGAAUUUGCGCCGCCGCCAUGCAGCUCGUGCGGGUCGCGUGGGCUUUGGCAGGAGCGGCGCUCUGCUGUUCCCUCGUGCUCUUUCUCCACUCGCGCUUCCUCAAAGAAGGUCAGUUGGCGGCCGGGACAUGUGAGAUUGUGACUUUGGACAGAGACAGCAGUCAGCCCCGGAGGACCAUAGCUCGGCAGACAGCCCGCUGCGCCUGCAAGAAAGGCCAAAUUGCCGGUACGACUAGAGCCAGCCCUGCCUGUGUGGAUGCCCGCAUCGUGAGGACCAAGCAGUGGUGUGACAUGGAGCCAUGUCUGGACGAUGAAGGCUGUGACCUUUUGGUAAAUAGAUCAGGCUGGACUUGCACACAGCCAGGUGGCCGGGUCAAAACUACCACGGUCUCCUAACACUGGCCGAAGAUCUAAUGGUGUAGAGAGCUUCAUGUGGACUCUGUAGAAGCCUGACAAGCUCUUUGCACCCGCCCGCCUGCUGUAGAUAACUUGCUGUCUGUCAUCGGCUCAACAUCCGCCUCCAAUUGCCUGUCUGUAGCUCCGCUUUGUAAAUGGGCAGCGCCCCCUAGUGCCACGGAGGACAUACGUCCACACAGCACCUCACACUGAGCACCCGAGAGCCUGCAGGACCGCUGCCUAUGAGGGGCCUUGCAUUCUUUCAGGCUCACUGGAUGUCUAAACCCUUUUCAAGGCCAGAUCUGGGGUUCCAACCUGCACGCUCUGCAAAUAGGCCUUCUGCUGGAGUCCACCUUUGGCACUCAAACCACAUUUACUGACCAAAGAGGAAAAAUAACACGCAAACAGCUCAACGGACAAUACCUUAACAAACAGAGUUCAGAGAGGCAGGGCUGAGCAAGGCGAAAGACACCAAGCCCUGUUAAUAAACACCAAUGUCCAUCAAUUUAAGGCACUGGCAUUAAAUAAUUGAUCUGUGCAAAUGAACUGAUCAAAAUGAACUAAAUUCCAGUAGUACCUUUAAUACUUUGCAUACAUUUUUUUUUCUUUCUUGAACUGAAUCCACUGUAUUUUGAAACUGGAAAUAUAGGCACUGUAUACAUACAUUAUGUGUAUAAAGAAAAUGAGAUUUGCAUUUUUUCAGUAGCAAACUUUGGGACACUUUGCAAUAAGCAUGGUUGGUCACAGUUAAAGAGUACAAGCAUUGAUUCUCAUUGGACAAAAAAGUGAUCAUAUGAAAAAAAAAAAAUACCAUUAUUUCAAAUUGCCGCAAAAGGAGCCAGAAGUCAUUUUGAUCGGCCUACGGUUAUAUAUUUAACAGUUUUCUAUGUUGUAUCUUUGUAGAGAACCUUAUUUAACAUGAAAAAUGUGGUGGGAAUGGCGGUGAUAGAAUGUGGAUAAUAAGCUGUGUUUCAUGCCGGCCUGCAGCAGCCUGCUCAUUCUCCUGCAGCAGUAGCAGCUCUCCUUUUACACUCAUUUCAAACACACAUGACCACAUCUUCUAUACUAAACGUAGGAAUGGAAAGAGGACAGCACACUGAGGGGGGGUGGGGGUGACGAAAAAGAAAUGAUCGAUCACAGAGAACUGAACUUUAUAUCCCUCUUUAGUAUGCGGGGCCAUGAAAAUCGCUAUUUGCUAUCGUAUUGUAAAGGUGUAGAAAAAAAAACCUGAGUCAUUUCUCUAUGGAUUUUAUCUAAUUUAUUUUUGUGCUUGUGUUUGUUUGCACAGUGCCACCAUCAAAGUGCUGACACAUACAGAGAGAGUUAAGAGAGUCUUAGAAUCAUUUACAUGAAAAUACUUUUUUAUUCUGAAAUAUUUUAAGAAUAAAUUAAAUAUGUGAAAGAAGAAAUGAGUUGCUAAAAUAGAAUUUUAAUAAGCAGAAGGUUAUGUUUGAAGCUGCUGACCUUUGUUCUUUGUGAUGGGGGGGGGGGGGUCAUUGCAGUGAUGUCCACAUAUGGACCAAGAAGAGCUGGUAUGUGUUACUGUGUGUGAUGUUCAGAAACACAGCUUGUGAUCGAAACACAAUGCUUCAAACACCAGACAGAAAAGACUGACGUCAAUCGGUGUAUGCUGGAAAUUGCAAUCGUUUUACCCGCAAUAAUACAUACAUCAUGAUUUCUUAGAAGAGUGAUGCAUAAUUUAAAAAUGGAAAAUUAUAACGCAGGAUUUAAAUAGAAUGCAUUUCCCUACAUUAAGUGACAGGUUUAAUUACAGCCAAAAAAAUAACACAUUUUUCAUAGACUUACAUUAUGCAACUAAAGAUGGAACACAGGAACUGUGAAAUUUGUUUUGGCAGCCCUGGUGUGUAAGUACAUACUGUUGCACAAACACAUGAAUACGCACGCAGUCAUGGCUCACUACAUUUACAUUAACAGAAGUUAGACACAGUGUGCAGCUCCGAACAUUUCGCCCUGAUUCAUCACCAGCAGCUAUAGAACCAGGACAUGAUGUUAGGUUAUAUAUCUCUGGGGGUCACUUCUCACAAUCAGACGAGGAUUGCCUGAAGAAUGACAAAGCCUGAGGCAUAUAGACACUAUUCUACUGUAAAUCUCUGACCUCGAUUAAAAGCCUCCAGCCAGAGAAGACCCAGACCAAGCACACACACACGAACCCCUGAUACAGGCAGUGAGUAGAAGAAAGCCAUUGCCUCGUAAUUGUAUUUUUCUGCACCUAUGUGUGUGUGUGUAUGUGUUUCAGGGGGAUGGAGCAGGGAGGUAUAAGGUUGCCUUUAAAGUAUUUGAUUUUGUCCAACAAUAGGGAAAAUAUGAC